UCGUUCUGGGCGGUCGGUGUAGCGUGCUUGUUUGGAUCAGCCAUGGUGUUUAGAGCAGAAAUUUUAUAUCCGAGUUUGCCCGCAAUACCCACAGCGCCUGCAGUGGCGGCGCGAGAUGCGAGCCAGACGCGUAUGUAUGGGUGAGGCUGGAAAAUACAAACCUGUGUCCGCCAAGCUCUCUUUCCUUCAGUCUAAUGUUAUUUGGACUAAUGCCAGCAAUUACAGAGCCUCCAAUGACGAGUGACAUACAAGACGCCUCGGUGAUCAUCCAGCACCGGGUGGUAGGCGACGCGGUCGAAUACAAGGUUGCGUGGGCCGACGGCGCCCACACCUGGGAGCCCAGCUCCAGCCUGGCAGACAGCCCGGAGGGGCUAGCGCAGUACUGGCGCGACCACAUAACAAGCAACCCAACAAUGCGGUAUUUCGACCGGGAUGCGCUGCAGGUGAGCAAGCCAAAGCGGCUGAAGCGGCGGGCGAAGCCGGAGCUGACGCCCGAGGUCGACAAGAUGGCGCGGAUCAAGGGCACGCAGCAGCGCAAGGAGCUGGCGCGUUCCCGUGCGGCCAUGCAGAAGCCGGCUGUGGCGAGCACGUCGAAGCCGCCGCCUGCCACAGCUCAGCGCAGCAGGGAAGCGAAUAACGUACCAACAAAACCACCGCUCAAGCAGACCGCGCGCAAGUCCAUGGGCAGGCGGGUAUAGGGGUUUUUUUUAGGUUCCUGGUUUUAUUUAUUUUUUUCUGGCCUCUACUGCACAGCUCAAUUUAUUUGUUUUUUUUUUUUUU